UCCAUAGAUGGUUGAAUGUAGUUCUCACAAGUCACAAGUCCCUCGCUUUUUUUUUUUGUUUUUCUUUCUUUCUUGGCUUUCUUGCUCCUGAUAUUUGUUCGCUUCUUAGACUAAUCUGAAGAAGGUAGUUUUUUUUUGGGUUUAUAAGAAGAUAGUUAUUGGAGAGACAAAAGCACAUGGGGAAGAAGAGGGUCGUGUUCUUUAAUUCUUUGCUCUUUUUUACCAUCUUUUCAAGUUGUAGCUUUGCAGGGAUAACCACAGAGAGUCCUUUGUCAAUAGGACAAACUCUUAGCUCUCCUAAUGGAGUUUAUGAACUGGGUUUCUUCAGUCCAAAUAACUCCCAGAAUCAUCAGUAUGUUGGAAUUUGGUUCAAAGGUAUCAUUCCUCGGGUGGUUUUGUGGGUGGCCAAUAGAGAAAAACCUGUUACAGACUCCACGGCAAAUCUAACAAUCAGUAGCAAUGGAAGUCUUCUCUUAUUAGAUGGAAGACAUGGUGUUGUGUGGUCCACCAAAGAAGUUUUUGCAUCUAACGGGUCUCGUGCAGAGCUUUUAGACACCGGAGAUCUUGUUGUCAUAGACAAUGUUUCAAGAAGAACUAUAUGGGAAAGCUUUGCACAUCUUGGUGAUACUCUGCUUCCUUUCUCGCCCAUCAUGCAUGAUCUCGCCACCGGUGAGAAACGGGUGUUGACUUCUUGGAAAAGUGAUACUGAUCCAUCACCUGGUGACUAUGUAACUCUGUUUUCAUCGCAAGUGCCAUCACAGGGGUUUACUAUGAGAGGCUCAACGCCUUAUUAUAGAUCUGGUCCAUGGGCUAAAACAAGGUUCACAGGGAUACCGCUAUUUGAUGAAACUUUAGCAAGUCCGUUUAGCUUUCAGCAAGAUGCAAACGGGUCAUGGUCUUUCUCUUAUCUAGAAAGAGACUCCAAACUUUCACGUUUAGUUUUAACAUCAGAGGGUUUGCUGAAGAUUUUUCAUCUUAGUGAGACCGGCUGGGAAGUAAGCCUUGAGGCUCCAACAAAUCCAUGUGAUGUUUACGGUGUAUGUGGAGCUUUUGGGAUGUGUGUUGUGUCAGAUCCUCCGAAGUGUAGUUGCUUCAAAGGAUUUGUACCUAAAUACAUUGAGGAGUGGAAAAGAGGAAACUGGACCGGUGGUUGUGUGAGGCGCACAGAACUAGAUUGUCAAGGAAACUCUACAAGCAAAGUUGCAAAUGUCUUUCAUCCUAUUGCCAACAUAAAGCCUCCAGACUUUUACGAGUUUGUAAGUUCUGUGGAUUCUGAAGGCUGCUAUCAAAGUUGCCUCCUCAAUUGUUCUUGCUUGGCCUUUGCUUUUAUUCGUGGAAUUGGGUGCUUAAUAUGGAAACAAGAGCUAAUGGACGUAAUGCAGUUUUCUCCUGGAGGAGAGACUGUUUCCAUUCGUCUUGCACGUUCUGAACUAGAUGGAAAUAAUCACAGGACGAAAGUUGUUGCUAGUGUUGUGAGCAUUUCCCUUUUUGUGAUAUUGGGUUCUGCUGCAUUUGGUUUAUGGAGAUACAGAGUGAAACAUAAUGCUAUUGUAGCAAAGAAAGCCUCACAAGAAGAGUGGAGGAAUGGUCUAAAACCACAAGAUGUCUCAGGUUUAAAUUUCUUUGAGAUGAAUACCAUUGAAACUGCCACCAAUAGUUUUAGUCUGUCAAAUAAACUCGGACAAGGUGGAUUUGGUUCAGUUUACAAGGGAAAGCUGCAAGAUGGGAAAGAAAUUGCAGUAAAACGGCUUUCUAGCAGCUCAGGGCAAGGCAAAGAGGAGUUCAUGAAUGAAGUAGUACUCAUCUCAAAACUACAACACAAAAACUUAGUUCGAAUUUUGGGAUGUUGCAUUGAAGGAGAAGAGAGGCUACUGAUUUAUGAGUUCAUGUUGAACAAAAGCCUUGAUACUUUUCUCUUUGAUUCAAGAAAAAGGCUUGAGAUUGACUGGCCUAAGAGAUUCAUUAUCAUCCAAGGUAUUGCACGUGGACUUCUCUAUCUCCACCGUGACUCACGCCUCAGGGUCAUUCACCGAGAUCUUAAGGUUAGCAAUAUUCUCCUAGAUGAGAAGAUGAACCCAAAAAUAUCAGAUUUUGGAUUGGCUAGGACGUAUCAGGGAACUGGAUAUCUAGACAACACUCGUAGGGUAGCAGGAACUCUAGGAUAUAUGUCUCCCGAGUAUGCAUGGACUGGGAUGUUCUCUGAGAAAUCUGACAUCUACAGCUUUGGAGUUCUGCUGUUAGAAAUCAUCAGCGGAGAGAAGAUAUCAAGAUUCAGCUAUGGUGAAGAAGGAAAAACUCUUCUUGCAUAUGCAUGGGAAUCUUGGUGUGAAAAUGGAGGAACUGAUUUGCUAGACCAAGAUGUUUCUGAUUCAAGUCAUCCAUCUGAGGUUGGAAGGUGUGUUCAGAUUGGUCUUCUUUGUGUUCAACACCAACCUAGUGACAGACCCAACACACUUGAGUUGCUGUCUAUUCUCACCACAACAUCAGAUCUUCCAUCACCAAAAAAACCCACUUUUGUAUUGCACUCGAGAGAAGAAGAAUCCUUGUCUAAGGGUUUGAGCACUGUCAAUGAGAUAACACAGUCUUUGAUCCUUGCGCGUUAAGAAAAAGUGUGUGAAUGGAAGUUGUUCAAUCCUAAAUUGUUCUCCAUUUUCCAAUGUUGAUAACUUCAACAUUAUCUCAUUAAUGUUUUUAUUUUCUAUACAACCUUUGAUGAUUGAUCAAAAGGUAAGCACGUGGUAUUGGAACAACUAAAACUUGUUUUCUUCUUCUUAAUUAAU